AGAAGCGGUCAGUAACUUCACCUGGCAGCCAAGUUAGCAAAACCUCCGAAGGCUCCUCUACGUCGCAUGUGCAGUAUCCAGGCGCGGCCUAAAGUAAUCCCGCAUCAAUAAAUCUCUGACGAGAUCGCCUAUAAUCAGAUGAAUUCAGAUCCCAAGAGAUCAUCCUAUUAUCUGAAAUAAAACAGCGUGGAUCUUCUUCACUUAGUCACAACACGCACAGCACCAUAAGUUGCGCCAUGCUCCCAUUCAACGGCACCAUUCCCCUCUCAGUUGCCUUUGAUCGCCCUGAAGACUACUUCAUUUUUCUGUUCCAUAUUGUUUUUGCUACUAGUGCGGUCCUCCUCGCGGGCUCAGUAGUAGUUGGAAUCUUGAGCACGAAGAGUCUUCGAGGACAGAACAGAUUUAUUUUCAUGCUCAACACCAGCAUUUGCGACACUCUGGUCGGGUUCUCCGUUUAUUAUCUCGGUCUGUUCGAUGUGCAGGAAGGAUUCCCCUCAAGGAACGGUACAUACUACAUUCUACCUUCACUUCUUGGAGUAAAUAUCCUUACGUUUCUGUUUGCACAGAUUGACCGCUAUUUCGCGAUUUGUCACCCGUUCUUUUACUGUCGAUAUGUUACACGACCGGUUAUCAUCGCAAUUUGUGUGUUUUGCUGGUUUGUCACUUAUCUCAUAAACGCGCUGCAAAACACUGUCCCCGUUUCAAAAGCUGCACAAAUAGGCGCAAUUAGCAUUAUGGCGUUACAGGCUGUAGUCAUCACUAAAAUUUUAAUGACUAUAAGGUUGUAUGUAAUUGCCAGAUAUCAGCUUGCACGAGACCCGCCGAGCGCCGAGAAGGAGAACAAGAAGGAGUCACUGAGAAUCGUUAUAUUCGUAGUCGUGUGUUUCUUAACGUUGUGGGGUCCCUCCUUCGUCAAUAUUAUUGUGAAGCAGACGACAUUUAAAGGCUUAUGGUUCAGGAACGAAGGAACGAACCUCUUUGCCAUUAUGGCGCGAUUUAACGCGCUUAGCACGCCUUCUGUGUACGUCUGGGGAAGCCCCGCGCUGCGCGAGGCUUUGAAGAACACCGUCUGGGGGAGAGUGUGUCCAAAGCGGAAAAGAAGAAUAAGUUGUGAUCACGGAUGCAGGAGCGAUCGUCGGCAGAAAAUACCAAGUAUAUCGAGAGGGAAAAUACCAUGAAAAUCUGGAUGAAACAGC